UCGUUGCCAUCGCCGGGUCGGGUCACGCGUGUUUGCUGCAAGAAAAAUCUACCCCGGUGAAUCUCCCCCAAAUGGACUCGGCUCCGUCCACGGUGGCGCUGAGGACCGCCUUCCACCGUGAGCGGUUCUGCCGGCUGUGUAUGGGCCUGUCGGACAAUAAUCGUUUGCAGCGGUUCUUCGACGUCGGGACCCCGGCCAAUCCGGACCUGCUGAAGCACAUCCGGAGCUUGGUCAACGUUGAGAUCGUCUUCCCCGACGACCAGCACUCGGAAAUCUGCUCACGGUGUCUGCACUCGCUCGAAAACUUCUUCGUCUUCCGGAACCUCUGCCAGACGGUGGACGUGCGGGUGCGCCAAAUGCGUGCCGAAAAGUCCCCCGCCCCACCGGAAGUGGAUCCGGAUCCGGUAUUUGAGGUUCCGCCACUACUCCCUCCGGAACCGGAGGAAACGGUGGAAUUGCCGCCGGUUCUGCCGCAGCAGAAAACGAUGGGGAUAUUCGAGUGUGUGGAAUUUUGCCACGAUCCGGCGGAUGAGCCCGAGGAGUACCGGCUGGUGGUGAAGGGGUUCGUUUAUAGCCAAAAGAGUUUGACUGAUUGGCUGUGCGAGGUUGAGAGUUGCGGCUGUCGGCUUGACGUGGACAAGGAUCUGAGCGACUGUCGUCCGUUGACCGAGCACGGCCACGAGCCGGAGAAAUAUGAUGGACGCGAACGUUUCAAGAUUAACCGGGCGGUUCGUGAGUUCCUGGACUUACUGCCCAAGCGUGUCCGGUCAACCGUGAACGAAAGUGUCCUCAACAUCGAGUCCUACCAGCAGAACUCCGAUCCGGAACAAAUGCCCGAACUUCCUGCGCUUCAGAGUGUCGACGUGCCCCAACCGGAAGUGGCCUUUUUCAACUGCUUGGAGCGAGGUCUUUCGAUGGUCCGUGGCAGGUAUCACUACCUUCUGGCCCAGGUCCAGGGCGGUAGAAGCAUGUGGUUGUGCACCUGGACCGACUGCAAGGUAAUCCUCGAGGCCAACUCCCAGCUGACCGCUUUCAGAACCCUCUCGGAACAUUCCCACUACCCUCCGAGUCAGUCCGCCCUGAAAGAGAGCACCGCAAACCAAAUUUCCCAGGACGGCGCUUUCGCCGAGCUGGCUGCCUGCCCGGCAAAUGACGGCCAAGUGGCGCAACCGGAAGUGACCUUCUACCGCGUGGUCAAAUCCGGGAUCGGCGUCCAGCACGACGGCUUCUGCUUCCGGCUGGGCGGAUUUCUCGCCGGUGGAAAGAGUCGCUGGGGUUGCGUUUGGCACGGGGCUGUUCUGUCGAGCUGGAACUCGCCGGAACGCUGCAAUGCCGGCUGGUUCCGGCGGGCGAAUCCUCGCAUGGUCAUCCGCGGCCGGAACCGGUUUGCUCGAUGGUCAACACCGUUUCCCCGGUCAAGGCGCUGGUCGAGCUGAACGGGAAGCGCAGCGUGAUGGGGCAACAGACGGGAGUGCACGAGAUCCUCCAGGGAAGGCCCCAGCUGCAGCUCAAACUGACCAAAGUG